CCAAUCUUCAGUGGACAAAGCCAAAGCUUAGCACUGGGGUCAGUGCUGGCCUGCAUCCCCAGCGACUCAGCCUGCUGGGUGAACAAGAGCAACCAGCCCGGGCCGUUUUGAGAUACGUAGCCCCUCUCCCUCCCAUCUUUCCAGCCAGCUUCACUUCAUUAGCAACCAGCUGGUAACUGGUGAGAGCAUAAAAACUGCGGCUUCUCUCUUUCGCCUCACCCGGAAAAUCUCGGUUUGUGACACCACACACACCCGUGAAGCAGGAUUUCGACAUUGAGAAUAGGCCACGGAAUCCACAGCAAAGACGUCACGGGCUGCACUCUUCGACCUCACGGCGGCCACCACCGGCCCUUUGACAGCCAUCAAGACAAAGCAGUCUCAUUGCCUUUCCCCUUGCGCCUUUUGCAUUUUUACACGCUCCAGAAACAACACCAGAGUUAUCACCGCUUUCGGAGACAGUAUUCGCCAUGGAGAGCAUUCAACUGGCACAGAUGCUAGCUGACCUUAGCGACCUAAAUGCAGCUCAGGAAGCUUCGGCCGCUGUGGCUUUGGUCAACGCCAACAAGAACCUCAACCAGCCUACCACCACUGCCCCUUCCGACGCCAGCCAACCCUCUGAUUUGGUACGGCCACCGAUCCGCCCGGGUCAGCGCAAUCACCAGCGCACCGGUUCCGCCGGCUCUCUGGGUUCUUCUUCUUUCCUUUCCCGUACCGCCUCGCCGGCCAAGUUUGAUAAAUACGGUCGUCGCAUUCUUACACCACCCAACACACGAGCCAACUCCUCGUAUGGAUCAAUACCGGGAACCCCUCGUGGAGAGCAGAUAAGCGACGACGAUGUCGACCGAGCCGGCUCACUCAUGGCCUUGUACGAGAUCCGCGCGAAGUUGAAGGACCAAGAUAAUCGAAGCUUGCUCAAGCUUAGGGAGAAGAUCACGUCGUUGCAGCAUGCGAGACAACAACAGGAGAGACUUGAGAAGGGGCCUACUUCGCUAACAGGGUUCGCUGGCGAAACCGCCAACAAGUCAAGAUACAGUUAUCCCAAACACUCAUGAGAUCUGGCUGGCGUUUACCACCGAUAAAACAACUCAACGGGCAGCUGCUCUCAUUGAGGAUAGCACGACGGAACUUUCACUUACUCAACGAUAGCAGCAUCGAUUAUCGUAUACGGCGUUAUCAUGGAGUUCGGGCCAGACAGGCUCAUACAGACAGCCUUCUGGGAUAGGGAUCAUGUUGUGGUUAAUGGAUUGGGUUGAUAUUGGAACUUGCAUUUUCUUCUUGUGAGGAGAGACAAAACUGGUGCCGAGACUGAUGGAAGGAACAACAGCACUGUCCUUACAGCUAGGUUGUCUGAUAUACCUUGCUGUUGAAAGAUUACAUGUACAUACGUACCCUCGUCGCGAUUGUGACAGUCUUGCCUUAUUCACUGCUUGUGGUUGUUGGUAGACUGUAAGACUAUUCUUUCUAAAUCGAUACAGCGGAGGAAAUUUUUGACUUC